CCGAAUUGGGGAAAAGGAAUAAUAAAAAAAAAAUUAAAUUAAAUUCUUCGAGUCGGUCUGACCGAGUCCCGAGGUGGUGUAGCGAAUGCUUGUGUGCGCGCGCGCGUGUGUGUGUGUGUGUGUGUGUUUACGUGCCGCGCCGCGCCGGUCGACGUUCGCUGACGGUGUGAACAAGUAGUAAAAGAAAAUCCUUCCGAGAACCGACGGACUUAACGUGAGUGUGCAUGUGUGUGUGUCGUCGUCUCUGCCAAUAGAUAGCGUCGUGAUAAUAUUCCGGCGGUGUGUACAAGGCAAACGUACUCGACGCUCGAGCUCCGAAAAUCCGUCGUUAUGUCCACUGCCGUUGCGUCCUGAGUCUCCGAGACCACCAAACAACCACCGAGAAUCAAGAGUUCCCGUGUUGGUGACGUUUUGAAUGACUCCGUCACGUCACGGUCUCCAGAUUUCCAAAGACUGGGUCUAAAGUUUAUUGUUGAACACUUUUUUUACAACUAUAAUCAUGCCGGCCGUUAGAGGAGAUGGUAUGCGAGGUCUUGCUGUCUUUAUUUCAGAUAUCAGAAAUUGUAAAAGUAAAGAGGCGGAAAUAAAGAGAAUUAAUAAAGAAUUAGCAAAUAUAAGGAGCAAAUUUAAAGGAGACAAAACAUUAGAUGGAUAUCAAAAAAAGAAAUAUGUAUGUAAGCUCUUGUUCAUAUUUCUAUUGGGUCAUGAUAUUGAUUUUGGCCAUAUGGAAGCUGUUAACUUGUUAUCUUCCAAUAAAUAUUCUGAAAAACAAAUAGGUUAUCUGUUUAUUUCAGUACUAGUAAAUACAAAUAGUGAUUUGAUUAAACUUAUUAAUCAAAGUAUUAAGAAUGAUCUGCAAUCUCGGAAUUCAAUCCAUGUAAAUUUAGCAAUGCAAUGUAUUGCCAAUAUUGGUAGUAGAGAUAUGGCUGAAGCAUUUGGUUAUGACAUACCAAAACUGUUGGUUUCGGGUGACACUAUGGAUGUUGUCAAACAAUCAGCUGCACUAUGUUUUCUCCGAUUAUUACGUACCAAUCCUGAUGUGAUACCCAUAGAUUCAAAUGGUGCCAGUGAAUGGACUUCAAGAAUUGUUCACCUAUUAAACGAUCAACAUUUAGGUGUGGUCACAGCUGCUGUUUCUCUUAUUGAUGCUCUUGUUAAACGAAAUCCAAAAGAAUACAAAGCGUGUGUCAGUUUUGCAGUCUCAAGACUUUCCAGGAUUGUGACUGCUAGUUAUACAGAUCUUCAAGAUUAUACCUAUUACUUUGUCCCAGCUCCAUGGUUAUCAGUUAAAUUACUUCGACUUUUACAAAAUUAUUCUACACCUGAAGAUGCAGGUGUUAGAGUUAGAUUGAAUGAAUGUUUAGAGACUAUUUUGAACAAAGCACAAGAAGCUCCUAAAUCAAAAAAAGUACAACAUUCCAAUGCUAAAAAUGCUGUACUAUUUGAAGCUAUUAGUUUGAUUAUUCAUAAUGACAGUGAACCAAAUUUACUCGUUAGAGCUUGCAACCAGUUGGGCCAAUUUUUAUCUAAUCGAGAAACAAACCUUAGAUAUUUAGCUCUGGAGUCUAUGUGCCUUUUGGCAAAUUCUGAGUUUUCGCAUGAAGCCGUUAAGAAACAUCAAGAAGUUGUUAUAUUGUCUAUGAAAAUGGAAAAAGAUGUUUCCGUUAGACAGCAAGCAGUUGAUUUAUUGUAUGCUAUGUGUGACAAGUCAAAUUCUGAGGAAAUAGUUCAGGAAAUGUUAAAUUAUCUGGAAACUGCUGAUUACUCAAUAAGAGAAGAAAUGGUAUUGAAAGUAGCUAUAUUGGCCGAGAAAUAUGCUACUGAUUAUACAUGGUAUGUGGAUGUUAUUCUGAAUUUAAUUAGGAUAGCAGGUGAUUAUGUUUCCGAAGAGGUUUGGUACCGUGUUAUUCAAAUUGUUAUAAAUAGAGACGAUGUACAAGGUUAUGCUGCCAAGACUGUAUUUGAGGCUCUUCAAGCACCUGCUUGUCAUGAAAAUAUGGUAAAAGUUGGGGGGUAUAUACUUGGAGAGUUUGGAAAUUUGAUUGCUGGUGAUACUCGAUCUGCUCCAAAUGUCCAAUUUCAAUUAUUACAUUCCAAGUACCAUUUGUGUUCUCCAAUGACUCGAGCAUUAUUAUUGUCAACAUAUGUUAAAUUCAUUAAUUUAUUCCCUGAAGUAAAGACCACAAUUCAAGAAAUUCUCAAACAAGACAGCAAUUUACGAAGUGCUGAUGCCGAACUACAACAGCGAGCAUCAGAGUACUUACAGUUGUCAAAAAUUGUAUCUACUGAUGUGUUGGCCACCGUUUUAGAAGAAAUGCCAUCUUUUCCUGAACGUGAAUCAUCAAUAUUAGCUGUCUUGAAAAAGAAAAAACCAGGUCGUGUACCAGAAACCGAAACACAAGAAAAUCGUAGUCCCCAACCUUCUCCUAUAAACCAUCAAAAUAGUCAUGUUAAUAAUCACUCAAAUUCUAACAGCAAUUCUGCAGAUCUAUUAGGUUUAUCAACACCAAUUGCAUCUUCUACACAUUCUAGUAAUGCUAAUGUAUUAGUUGAUGUUUUGGGAGAUUUAUAUGGUAGUGGAGGAUCAACUGGUUCAAACUCAUUGAAUGCCAGUCAAAAUAACUAUAAUCCUAAAAAAUUUAUUUGUAAAAAUAAUGGAGUCUUGUUUGAAAAUGAAUUAAUUCAAGUUGGUGUAAAAUGUGAGUUUAAAAGAAAUUUGGGGCGUUUAAGUCUGUUUUAUGGAAACAAAACAACAAUACCAUUGCUGAAUUUUUCCACAGUAUUAUCUAGUCCUCAUCUUUGGGUCACCAAAUUAGCUGUUCAAAUUAAACCUAUUGAGCCAGUUCUGGAAGCUGGUGCACAAAUACAGCAGCUAGUUAUUGUUGAAUGUAUAGAAGAGUAUACAGAUGUACCUGUUAUUAAUGUUUCAUUUGUGUAUAACGGUGUCCCACAAAAUGUUUCCAUCAAAUUGCCAGUAACUUUAAAUAAAUUUUAUGAACCAACUGAAAUGAACAGUGAGUCUUUCUUUGCUCGGUGGAAAAAUCUUGGCAGUAAUCAUGAUCCACAAAAGUCACAAAAAAUAUUUAAAGCAUCACAGCCAAUGGAUCAGGUAUCGACUAGAACAAAACUUUCUGGGUUUGGUAUGCAGUUAUUAGAUGGCAUCGAUCCAAAUCCUGAUAAUUUUGUUUGUGCUGGUAUUGUUCAUACAAAAACACAACAGAUUGGAUGUUUGUUGCGCUUAGAACCCAAUAAACAAGCUCAGAUGUAUCGUUUGACUGUAAGAUCCAGCAAAGAACCGGUGUCUAUUGAAAUUUGUGAUCUUUUGGCUGACCAGUUUUAAAAAUCUGGUAAUAGUUAAUAGUUAUAUGAAAAGCAUACUGAAAUAUUAGAUAUUUUAUUUCAUUAUUAUUUUUUUUUUUUGUGGUUUCGAAUUAUUGUUUUUUAUGCACGCACACAUACUUGUCACACAUGCAUACAACUAUAACAUCAUAUACAAUUAUAAAAAUUAAAAUUAAAUUAAAAUAUUCUAAGUCUUAGAUCAUAUAAUUAAUUUAUUAUUUUUUUCUUUUUUGUGAUAUUACGUUGUAUGUGUAUGUGGCAUAAUGUUGUCUGGACCCCAAAGAUGUUAAGUGGUAAAAAUAAUAAAAUUAUAUAUAUUUAUUUACAUUGAAUUUUAA